AUGAGUCCAUCAGCUACCCUGCCCUCGUUAGACAGUGCUUUCGCGGAAAGCGCGUUGGACUACCACAUUCUGGAAAAACCCAGUCGUUCUGGUCGAAAAAUACGCAUCAUCUGUUUAGGCGGUGGUGCCAGCGCUCUGAAUCUCGCUCAUGAAGUUAGCAUCAGCUCCCUUGACCUAGACCUGGUUUGCUACGAGAAGAACCCAUCUAUCGGAGGUACUUGGUACGAAAAUCGCUAUCCGGGGUGUGGAUGCGAUAUCCCCUCGGUAAACUACCAAUUCUCGUGGGCACCAUCGACGGAAUGGUCGCAUUACUACUCCAGCGCUACGGAAAUCUUGCAAUAUUUCAAGGAUGUUGCGGAGAAAUAUGACCUCAACAAGUACGUCCGCCUCAAUCAUACUGUGGUUGGUGCAACGUGGGUAGAAGAAGAGCAGAAGUGGCAUGUCCGAAUCCAGCAAGGCAACAACCCUGAAGAUGUCAUUACCGAUAAAGCCGACAUUUUCGUCAACGCCAGUGGUGUCCUCAACAAAUGGAAGUGGCCUGAUAUCAACGGCCGUGAGACAUUCAAGGGCCCAAUGCUCCACAGUGCCAACUGGGAUGACAGCAUUGAGUUGAAAGGAAAGCGCGUGGGAGUUAUUGGUGGCGGCUCGUCCGCUGUACAAAUCGUUCCCAGCAUCCAGCCAGUUGUUGGACACAUGAAGUGUUUCAUUCGAAGUGCUGCCUGGGUUACCGCUUCCUUCGGUCAGCGAUUUGCUGGUAAAGGUGGAACCAAUUUUGAAUACUCCGAAAAGCAGAAAGAAAUUCUGAGCAAUGACCCGACAAAAUACCUCGCAUAUAGAAAGCGAAUCGAGUCUGAGCUCAAUUCUCGAUUCAGAUUUAUUCUGAAUGGCUCAAAAGAGCAGCAAGAUGCUCGAACUGCCGCCGAGAAAGACAUGCGAACCAGGCUGGCUGGCAAUCCUGAGAUUGCAGACUUGAUUGUCCCAAAGAACUUUGCAGUUGGAUGCCGCCGGCCCACACCUGGAAAUGGCUAUCUAGAAGCUCUUUGCGAGGACAACGUAGCGGUUGUCUCGUCCAGCAUAGUCGAGAUCACCCCCAAGGGUGUCAAAACUAGUGACGGAGUCGAACAUGAGUUCGAUGUCAUUGUUUGCGCCACUGGCUUUGAUGUCAGCUGGAAACCCCGAUACCCUACUAUUGGUCGUAACGGCGUCAAUCUCAGCAAGUAUUGGGCUGAUGUCCCCAACACUUAUCUCUCAUUGGGAGUAGCAAACAUGCCCAAUUACUUCAUUUUCAAUGGUCCAUUUGGGCCGUACGGGCAUGGAAGCUUCCUUCCCAUUACCGAGACCGUCUCCCGCUAUGUAAUGCAGGUCCUCAAGAAAAUGUCUGAGGAAGAAAUCACCUCUUUUGCUCCAAAAGAAGAAGCUGUUGCCGACUUUGCUCAGCACAGGCGCAAGUUCUUGCCUCGCACGGCAUGGACCUCACCUUGCCGAUCUUGGUUUAAACAGGGUACGGUUGACGGUGAGCCAAUGAUGUGGCCUGGAUCACGUAUCCAGUUCUUCGAAACCAUCGCGAGCCCACGAUGGGAGGACUUUGUUCUUAAAUACACUACGAUGAACCGUUUUGCUUACUUCGGAAAUGGUUUUGCGGCUCGUGAAGGAGAUGGAAGCGACCUGACUUGGUAUCUGGGUCCGCUGGAUGAUACGGGCUUGCAGCCUGCACUUCCUGAUGAAGAUUUUGUGGACUUUCUUGUUAAUGCCUAG